AUGACUGGCGAAAAACAAACCAAACCCGAGGCUCCCGCCAUGCAAACAGUCGAUUCUGGAAAACGGGUUGCCUCAGUUGCCCCAAGUACAGAAGAACGCCCCUUAGCUAUCAUCCACCAAAAUCUCAAUCCAAAGUUCAAGCCAGUCCCAGAAGUUUCUCCUCAUCUUGGGCACCUUCCUCAAGGUCGACGCAUUGUCAUCAAAGACCCAAAGGGCAAAGUUGUUGACUUCAGCAAGGCAAGGAUUUCCGCCACUCCAGGACCAAGCCAGCAGCAGCAACCAAAAGCGCAGCCCAAUACUGCCUCGAGCCCAGAUGGACCCAGCAGAGCUGCGUUGAAACCAACUCCCCAAGCUGGCAACCCCAACAACUCUGCAUGGGGAAGUACUUCCCCGACAGGAUGGGGACCACAAGUCACAAAAGUCGAUCAGCCAGUUGGUGCUGGUGACCAGAACUCGGGUGCCUGUCCACACACUCUGAAGGGCGACCAAGCCGUCGUUCAUCAGGCUAACGCGCCUGCAAACCCCUGGGCAGCUGAGACGAAACCCUGGCAAGCACAGAAAAAGCCAUGGGCAACGGAGAGGAAACCCUGGGCAGCAGAAAAGAAACACUGGGCAGCAGAGAAGAGAUGGCACGUUCCUCAGCCCGGUUGGAAAUCAAAAGGGCCGCAAGAGCACCGACCCCCGCCGGUGCCUGCUGAUUAUAUGGAGCAUGAACUCCCUAUUCGCCGGCUUGACUGGUCAGGCUCGCAACGGAGCCCUCUGUCGCUCUCUGACUUUGAUUUCAGCGAUGGUCCUGAACAAGUCAAGGAAGUCAAUCAGAAGAUGUCCCUGGAUAUUCGUAACGAAAUCGGCGUUGAAGUCCCCAUGUACCGGUACAAUAACGAAUUGGGCAACCCCACCAUACGGUUCGGUCACUUUUUUGAUGGCCAAAAUUACGAUCUAGGCCUUCAAACUGAAGACUACAACAAAAACCUGGUAGAUUCAUGGAUCCGGGACGUGACUGUCGAUGCAAAGGCAUAUUUAUAUCCUAAGCGCAAUCACUUCAAUUGUGAUAUCAAUCCAGAGACAGGAUGCUUUCUCGCACCUGUCGCAUACCCUGAGACUCGAGUGAGCGAAGCAGAGGACCCGGAACUUCGAUGGCGUCAGAAGAACUGGUCAUCGGAGUUGCUGCGCAGGCGCAAGCUCGCGCCCAAGAGAGGUGGGAAAUACUAUCGAGGAGAGGUUCCACCGUCGAGCCGCCAGCCACCGAAUGUUCAAAUCAACGUCAACAUUGCGGACUUAUUUGUGCCCCAGAUACCAAUGCAUUUGCGCCCUGCUACAGCUUCCGAUAUGGAGGCAGUGGCAUCCCUCUACAACAGCGAAGAUGUCCAGAAAUUCGAUUCUGCACCUUUGGGACCGGCGGACUUUGAGAAAAUCCUUACGGACACCCAUGGGCACGAAUUUCCCUUCAUCGUUGCCGUCAGCGGCUCGGCUAGGGUGGAAACGUUGAAAGAUGGCAUUAGAUUCGAGUCAAAUCAACCACAGCAGCAGGUCCUCCCUUCGAAUCUCCAAGAAGGCUUGGUUCUUGGGUUUGCAUACCUCUCAGUUUGGAAGCCCGGUUUGGCUGGCAGUAAAACAGGCACCAGCAGGGCCACUGCUGAGGCCCAUGUGUAUGUUCAUACCUCUUGGAGACGCAAGAAGAUCGGAUCUGCACUCCUGGAUCGGCUUCUCGCCUCGGUUUCACUCAACGCGAAGUCAAAGGAGAUGUGCGACUUCUGGGAUCCUUCACGCAACCCUGCUUACGCGGCUCCCUGCCAACAUGACCGCUAUACCUUCAAGAUUUACAUGCAGUACCUUGUCAAGACCAAAUGCGACAUCAACAAUGGAUUCAACAACAUGGAGACUCAAGAAAACCAGACCGAUGAUAUCGCCUGGUUGAAUAACCUCCUCGAAACCAAAUUCGGAUUCAAGAAAAAAGUCCGUUUCGAAGCCGCAUACCGCUCGCCAAAAGUCGAAGGAGAAAAACCCAUCUGUUCUGGGUUGUGUGAAGAAGUCAAUUGGACGGAUAACGGGGUUAUCGAAUAUCAGAUGGCCAACGGCAAUACGGAUACCACGACGACAGCCGAAGGAACGUUGGGAGUUGGAUCAGGGGUCCAACAAUCGGCACAAACCUCUCCAGUUGCUAGUUCAUCAGACCAAGAUCUGGAACCAUUGGCAUGUAUGACAUGUCGGAGCCGAAAGCUGAAAUGUGAUCGCAUAAAGCCAAUAUGUACACGAUGUGGGACGGCAGGGGGAGAGUCUCAAGUGGAAGGCCUCAUUCGAAAUGUCACCAAGCAGUCCUUGGGCCCUGAUAACCAGGGUGCAAGUGAUGAUGCGAGCGCUACUGCUGCCCUCGACAAGAUGAGUGCUACCACAAGCUUGGAUGAACUAUCAGAGGAAAUAGUGUCGGGCUCUGAGCGAGCCAGCUACUCGUUUGGCUUUGCAUCUCAUGGAUCAGCGUCUAAAAACGUUAGCCAUAUGGAGGCUGCCCCGGCACCUGACAGAGCAACUUCGUCAAAGCGACCACACUCACCUCAACCUUUUGAAGCGCCACGAGUAGGAGGGACUGGGAUCGGAGGCUUCAGUGACGAUCUCAUUGAGCUGGGAAGGUUCGAGGGGCUACCACCUAUUGAGAUGAUCGAGGAUCUACACCGAUUGUUCUUCCACUUCCGGAAGCCAAAGAUCGUGCCCAUUGUUCACCCGGGAAACUACAUGCGAGCAUUCUACUCACCCACUCAUAUGCGUCCGCCCAUGUGUUUACAAUACGCAAUCUGGGCAAAUGCGGCAAAGGGACAUCCCAUGUACGACCGUUAUUACGACGUCUUCUAUCAUCGUGCUCGUCAGUACUUGGAGGCUGAUGAGCUGAAGGCCCGCAGUAUGCUGUUUACCAGGGCCGCAAUGACUGCCGCAAGAUGUGCCAGACUUGUGCACAUGUUGGGUCUUCAACGACUCGAUGACCCCUCAGGGGAUGCAGAAGACUCUGAUGGGCACGUUUUGCCUCCUCCCAAGAGCUGGAGUGAAUUAGAAGAACGUCGAAGAACAUUCUGGGGUGCCUACUGCGCUAACGUACAUAUCACCAUGAACACUAGGUGGCCCAUCAUGAUUGAUGUAAAAGACACCACAACCCGUCUUCCUGCCUCCGAAGAUGCCUUUAAUACAGGCUCUUACGAAGCCUCGCCCACACUCCAAGAAGCUUUUGGUGGCUCCUCCUAUUCCUCCUUCGCUAGCAUGGCCGUCAUAGGUUAUCUGUUUAACGAACUGCUCAACCAUGUCCACCGAUCAAAGGUAUCGGACCGGCCCGACGACCUUCAAGACGGUCCUUACUGGAAACGCCAUCGCGAGAUUGACAACAAUUUGGAUGAUGCCUUCAUGUUCUUACCCGACAAGUUUCGACUGCCCACCAACAUCACGGAAACGGUGGCGCUGCAGGUUAAUUUGAGUAUACACGCGUCCGUACUCUGCCUGCAUAGCGCUGCUUACGACACGGUAAAGAAGUAUGGGCUCGACAAGCGGCUAGGUGAGAGGAGUAGAGUGAGGAGACUGAAUGCUGCGAGAGAAAUCGUGAAUAUUAUGAGGUUGGCUAGAGAGACCAUGAGCCCUUACAAAACCCCCCUGGUAGCCCUCUCCAUGUACUGCGCCUCCACAGUCUACAUCGAUCUCGCAAGAGAAACCUUCACAUCCCCCUCGCCAGUUCCGCUCCCGCCCUGGGUGGCUCCCGAGCUCGAAUUCAUCGUCAAUUGCAUGGAGUCCAUCGGUCGGCAACACAUAAUCACACGUGCCUACCUCAACCAACUCCUCCUCGAUAUUGAGCAAAACGAUGUCAGUGCGUUCUUCAAUCUACCCAACAUCAAGCGGUAUGGAUGUUGCAACCACGGAAUUCCCCUGCUGGGGCGAACGGCUGCGUCGAAGUAUACGAAAAACGGUGGGAGGCCGGUGGUCCCGAGAAUGAUGUCUAUGGGGGGUGGAGGUAGGAUCAUACCCGAAGAAGCAAGUUGGAGUGGUGGUGGUGGUGGAUGUGGGAUAGCAGUGACGGCGGCGCAAGCCUGUGGUGGCAGUCUGAACGAAAACGGGGGAGCUGCGGCGGGAGUCGUACCACCACCGGAGUGUGAGCUUGGUGCCUGUAGUGGUGGUACUCAGUGUCCGGAUAGGCAAGGCCAAAAUGGUGACACUACAGGAACCAGCGGCGGAAGUAGCGGUCCUGGUCUCGCACCGGAAGCCAAACGGAGACGAAUCCAUCACGAACAGCAGCCCUUUCUCGAACGCAUCGACCUUUCCGACUUGUUCAAGUUCGGUAGCUCCGCGCUCCCCUCUCAGUAUCGACAUCGUCAGCCUACAGCAGCAGUACCACCAGAUUUCACCACCGAAAGCAGUGACGAGUUCAACGACGGCUGGGGCCCGGGACCCGCGACUGCUGUGGGACCUCCCUAUUUAAUGAAAUCCAACAGCGACGCUUCCCAGCCGGUAAUCCAGCUUCCUCACAGAAGUGUGAAUGAUUCAUCCACUGCGAUGUUUGCCGAUAACAGUACCGGUACCGAACCUUCAUGCAUCCCUGUUUUCGACCCUAACCAACAUACCCCGCUAGAGGACAUGACCAACAUGGACCUUUUCUCCAACAUCACCGAGACGGGAGGAGUGAGAGGGAUGCGAGGGAUAGGUCAGAUCGAUUUAGGCUUGACAGACGUAGUGGUCGAUCCCUUAUUUUUGAGUAACAGCAACGGCAACAGCAACAGCAACAGCAACAACUGCAACUACGACGACCUUGGGAACAACAUCAAUACCUGUACUGGCAAAUGCCCUCUACUUGGAAAUCUUGAUGGCAUUAGUGGUAAUGCCAAUGGCGAUUACAAUAAUGAGACUGCUACAGCUGGGGGACAUGGAGGAGAUGAUGAUGGUGAUGCGUGGAUGCUGCUUACCGACGACGUAGGGAAUUCUGGCACUCGCACCACGACGGGGGAAGAAUCACCUGCCACGGGUACGGGAAGUUGGGAUAAUGUGCUCUGAUUUUGCGCACCCC